GUCAGGCGCAGCAACCCCUUCGCUUCAGUCCCAGCGAGAGGAGGGCGGUGUAGUCUCCGCGGCGCUGCGGAGACCUCCACCCCGGACAGUUCUCCCUCCCCGGGCCUCUCCCCUCCUGCCCCCGAGCGUCCUCGCCUCCUAGGCCUGUCGUUUCUGAUAUCGUGGGGCGAGGUGAGAGCAGGCCCGGGGAGGGUGGCCACGCCGAGGAGCCGCAGUCUCUGCCAAGAUGAUAGAAGUCCUGACAACAACUGACUCCCAGAAACUGCUGCACCAGCUGAAUACCCUGUUGGAGCAGGAGGCGAGAUGUCAGCCAAAGGUCUGCGGCUUGAGACUAAUCGAAUCUGCACACGAUAAUGGCCUCAGAAUGACUGCAAGACUAAGGGACUUUGAAGUAAAGGAUCUUCUUAGUCUUACUCAGUUCUUUGGCUUUGAUACGGAGACAUUUUCUCUAGCUGUGAAUUUACUGGACAGAUUCCUGUCUAAAAUGAAGGUACAACCCAAGCACCUUGGGUGUGUUGGAUUGAGCUGCUUUUAUUUGGCUGUAAAAUCAAUAGAAGAGGAAAGAAACAUCCCAUUGGCAACUGACUUGAUCCGAAUAAGUCAGUAUAGGUUCACUGUUUCAGAUUUGAUGAGAAUGGAAAAGAUAGUACUGGAGAAAGUGUGUUGGAAGAUCAAAGCUACCACUGCCUUUCAAUUUCUACAACUCUAUUAUUCACUCAUUCAAGAGAACUUGCCAUUUGAAAGGAAAAACAGCCUCAAUUUUGAAAGACUGGAAGCUCAGCUUAAGGCAUGUCACUGCAGGAUCAUAUUUUCUAAAGCAAAGACAAAACCAACAAAAAGGCUGAUAGAUGAGAUGAGAAUGUGGCAGAUACAGAAUGGGGAUGAUGGUAAAGGAGAACUUCUUACACUAGUACUUUUUAGAAAUGUACUACUCACCAAAGAGUUCGCUAUUCAUCAAUUAGUGAUACACAUUAAGUAA